AUGGUCGAAUUGCAAAACUCUACAGCUACAAUCACUUUAAACACAGGUGCAAAGAUCCCUCAAUUAGGUUUGGGUACCUGGAGAAGUACUGAAGGCCAAGCUUACGAUGCUGUCUUACAUGCCAUUAAAGAAACUGGUUAUGUUCACAUUGAUAGUGCAGCUAUUUACAAAAACGAAGAGGAAGUUGGUAAAGCUAUCAGAGAUAGUGGUGUUCCAAGAGAAAAGUUAUUCGUCACUACUAAAUUAUGGGGUACUUACCAUAGAAACCCAGAAGCUGCCUUGGAUGAAUCUUUAAAGAAAUUGGGUUUGGACUAUGUUGAUUUAUACUUGAUCCAUUGGCCAGUUGCUUUCAAAACUGACAACAUCAAAGAUGGUAACUACCUCACAGUUCCUGAAAAACCAGAUGGUGGUAGAGAUAUUGACAUUGAUGGUUGGAGUUUUGUAAACACUUGGGAGUUAGUUCAAAAAUUACCAGAAACUGGUAAAACUAAAGCUGUUGGUGUUUCAAAUUUCUCAAUUAACAAUUUGAAAGAAUUAUUAGCUGCUCCAACUACUAAAGUUGUUCCAGCUGCUAACCAAAUUGAAGUUCACCCAUUAUUACCACAAACUGAAUUAAUUGAAUUUGCUAAAUCAAAAGGUAUUGUUACUGAAGCUUAUUCUCCACUAGGUUCAUUAGAUUCGCCAUUAUUCACCAACAAAACUUUAUUAGAAGUUGCCAAAUCUUAUGAUGUUUCAGUUGCUCAAUUAUUAAUCAACUGGGCUUUGAAAAGAGGUUAUGUCGUUUUACCAAAAUCUGUCAACACUGAAAGAAUUGAUGCAAACUUUAAAGUUUUCGAUUUGAAAGAUGAAGAUUUUGAAAAAGUCAGUGAUUUAGUUAAAGCUGAAGGUGAACAAAGAUUUGUUAAACCAGACUGGUCACCAUUCCCAGUCUUUGAAUGA